GCACCAAAUAUUAUUUCAACCAAAGCUACGUCUUUCGGAUACAACAUUGAAGCCGGGUUUCCUUUCGCAAUGGACUUAUAACAAGGAACAUUUCUCAUGUGUAACCUUGCGCCCAUUGCCCUUUGUCUUUUCUCUGCUCUCUGGUAUUAGAGUAUACCUAAUUAAGAAGAAAGCUCCAAGGAUUGAGGUUGUCUCCUGUGUAGUGCGAGUUUUUAAUCUGCACAGGUUGUCUUGUUAAGGUCUUGUACAGAAUGUAUGUCAUAAAGUUGCUUUCCGUGCUUCAUCUUUGUACUUUUUACCUUUCACUGUGAUAAUAUGUUAACACUUCAUUUUUAAGAAAAUUACAGACACCGUUGGAGAUCUCAGUAUGCCGAAACAUUUAUAUUUUAGUGUUCUCUUUAUACUCAUAAAUGACAUUUCAGCCUAAAACGUAGAGGUAUAUCGAGCAAAAUUCGAAGACAUCGAGAUUAAACUUUGUAAACUAAUUACAUUUUACUAAUAGGAACUUAGGACCACUAAAAAUGCUUCAGAAGCAAUUAUCCACAAAAUAAGAUUACCGUAAUUCCCUCCCAUUUGUUAUCCCCUCCUCCCCGUAAAAGAUUUAAAUUGAAAUAAAAUGAAAAAGUAAGAGUAAUAACAAAAUUCGAUAUUAUUCGUUGAUUUAACCCCAUAUACAACAAUAUCCAUAUGCUGCAUUUUUCUCCCCAAAUUUUGUUCGCAAAAUAUCUAUGGUUUUGUUUUUUUUACAACGGGCUGUGUAUGUUCCAGGCACUACAAGUUCAUCAUAAAACUUCUUCUGAUAGAUGAUAGAUGAAGAUGAUGACAAAACAGAUGAAGUUAACAUUAUUUAUUCAUUUGAAAAGUAGAUAUUGUGUUUAAAUUACUUGACAAAACAAAGUGCGUGGUCGAGCCAAAAUUAUAUUUUUGUGACGUUGCAAUGUUGAUGACGUAAUGUGAUAUAUGUUGUCGUUAUAAACAAACAUCAGACUUAUUUUCGCAUUUCCUUAAUGAGAUUUCAACAUGGCUAUAAAGUUAAUAAAAUUUAACAUGGCUACAGUUAAUGAAAAUACUACGUGACUUUAGUUGCUCCUCUUAAAAAGUUGAUAAUAACAAAACAUACCUGGACGCGGGAUUGUUGAAAUUUAUUAUCUUGUAAAAUUAUAACAAAAGUUGUAUUAUUAAAUUUAAUGGUUUGUGAUUAGAUAGUAGAUUAUUUUGUUUAUUGAAGUACAAGCCAAACACACAGCAAGAGGGAUUCUUUAGCUACGCAUGACACGUCUGAUAGAGAAAUGGAUUUGACAAUUUGGCUUGCAUUGUUUUUCUUUAACGUUAUUGAGGGAACAAAGAAUACAUCUAAAGAAAAUCACUGUUCAUUGUUUCAAUCACAACUACAAUCAUUACCUAACAAAACAAAUUGCUUACAACUAAUCCCAGAUGUGUCCAACCUUGAACAAGUAUGCCACAAGUACCAUGCAACAUGCAAAGGAUUUCCACACUACGGAGCAUUCACCACAAAACUCAAAGGACGUCAUCUUUUUGUCAUAGGUGUCAAUAUGACAGCUAUUUCAAAAGUAUUAAGAAAAGAUUGCUGGGGAGUUAUUUUACAUACCACUGGAGAAGACUUGGAUAAAUGCGAGUACAAAAACUUUGACCAGGGAUAUGAGGAGUUUAAAUUCCAGUACUCCAGAGUACAAAAUUACACAUUUAGCAUGACCUUGCUACCGACUGGAGAGACCAUGAAAUUUAGUUGGAUAUCGCCUGAUGACUGCGCAUUAUCGGUUUUGGAAGAUAUUCAAAGCGUUAUCCACAAUACACAUGGUUCAAGAAACUACUGCUUUAAGAAACAGAAUGUUGCGUUGGUGAUGACUUUUGCAAAAAUGCAAUGCAAGAAACACGAUUAUAAUGCGACCAGAGUUAAAGACAUUUUAAAAAAUAACCUUCACGUUACAAGUGAAUGCAAAUUUCUUUUAAACAAAGACAAAGCGAACUCAACGAGCAUACCCGUGUUGACCAUUGUAAUAAUCACCAUGCCAGUAGUUUUUAUCCUACUAUUAAGCGUGUCAUGUUUUGUUGUCCGACACAGAAAAAAAUUGCACCGAAACACGCAAGAUUACCACGAAACACUCAGAAUAGUUGAGCCAACAACAUCAGACAAUAAAAGUACAUCAGUUAUGAUUUUAAACCGUCCUGGUUGUGAACUACUGGAAGCAUUUCUUCGUGAUUUUGCGUUCGUUCUUAGUUCCUAUGGAGUCAACGUAAGAAUGGCAUUACUUGAGCAAAACGAAAUUGAUGCGGACGGAGGAAUAGCCUCGUAUAUGCAGAAGCAUAUUAAUAAAUGCGACUACAUUCUUAUUAUGUGCACAGAAAACACAAAUGAACACAUAGAGAUUUUGAAACACAGGCCGUACGAGUUUGCAUUGAAAAUUAUUGGUGGAAUGGCGUUUCAUCAAAACGACUCGUCCCGCUACAUUCCAAUGUAUUUAUCAUCGUACAAAGAAGCAGUCAAAAUCAUACCAUCAUUUUUAAAUGCGUCAACAUCCUUUGGAUAUCAAUUACCACAAGAUAUGAAAAAGUUACUGUCAAGAAUUACCUCUAAGAAGCAAUUACAAGUAACAAGUGAAAGGAUUGCCAAAGAUAAGUUUUUCUUCAACAAAAUGUAUGAACAUAGAAAGAAGAUUUCAGCAAAGGAGCAUCCACAUUGCAUUAAAGAAUACUGCACCAAGGGUACAUGUCAUGGCAGUAUAGUCAACCUUUCAUCAAUAUGGCCAACAACUGUUCAAUCAGCUAAAUGGUCCUCUUUGCAUUCUUUGGCCGAUAACCCUUUAGAUGAUGUCAUAAAGGAAUCGACUUCAUAUGAAAUGACUUUGGUGUGCAAAUACAAUUUGAUGAUAGGGAAGGAUAGGAAUAUCUGCGAAGUUUGAAGAGACAAUUUGUGGUCACAUUGACCAUUUAUAGAAUAAUUAGCAUAAUUACGUACAAAGAAAGAAGUGGCCACACUACUUGUUACAUUAUAAAAAUAUUUAUAGAAUAGUUAAAAUAUUUACAUACAAAGAAAGAAGUCGCCACACUACUUGUUACAUUAUAACAAUGUAACAGAAAACAACAUUAUAACUAAACUAAAUAGUUCCCUGGAAGUUUGUUUUCAGGGCUGUUUAAAAAAAGACUUUUUGAUGAAGAAGUAAAGAUGAAAAACUUGGUAAAUCGUCUGUUUAUAAUAUAGUGUAAUGUGUACAUACUUUGGCGAUGAGUGGAGAAUUUGCAAAAUACGAAGAAAUAAAAGAAUCUGAAGCGGAAUUCAUUUUGUGACAUGGUUUGAUCAAAAUACCAUAGUGCUAAUACAUAAUACCAUUGUUUGAAACCAGUUUAGUUGUAAUUUUUGAAGCGCAAUAUCAAUAGCGCAAGACAAACCACUAAGCAUGCGAUAUGUAUAUGUAAAGUAACAUUUAUCUGUUAGAAUGAAAUAGAAUGAAUUAAAAAUAUUCUUAUUAA